AUGGAAGACGGACACUGGAGGGGAUGUUGCGAGCGGCAGGGCUUGCGAACGGCAGCGGUAUUGGUUGUAGCUUUGCUGUUGGGAUCGACGCAAGCAGCUUCGUUAGCUUUCUACGGCCACGGGAGUCCAGUGGUAGUGUUGCUGGGCACCACCUCGCUCGUGCUCAAUUUAUACGCUUCGGUCGUCACCAUGCUCGUAUACACUCUGCAAGCAGUUCGAACUCGGUAUGGAUGGUCGCAGGUGCUGGGUAGUAUCACCACGAGCUGCGGUGUGCUUGUGUGCCUCGGCGCCGCACUGCAGCUAUCCGCCCUCAUAGCCUUCGCAAUCCACGCCGAGGAGAUGGUGCGAUACGGAGUGAUAGCAGCAGCCGCAGUGGGAAUCACAUCGACACUGGUGGCUGUUGCGUAUGCGCUGCUGGACAGCAAGGAAAGAGAGCAGCCAAGGAGGGAGCGCUCCGUCUCGUCACACGCCGGAAUCCACAAACCAGACUACGGCCUCGAUUCCGAAAGCGACGCAGAGCCAAAGAAGGACUGGACUCAGAGCGCGCUCGAACACCUGUUUGGCGGCUACUCGCGCUAG